GUUGAUUGCUGCUAAGGAUGUAGGCUAAUUGAAAGGGAAAAAAAAGGCACUUUUCGUUUGAAAUCGGAUAUUUUUGAUAAUUACAAACACAAAGGCUAAGAACUUUUUAUUUGCGAUGAUUUUAGCAUUACACAACGAAGACACCGACGGAAGCAAAAUAGUUCUCUCUUUACCCUUUCUUUUCACUUACUCUCUCUUUUCUUUUCCUUUAUCUCUUCAUAAGUGAAGGAAAACCAGAGAACGGAUGAUUCGUCGAAAAGCUUUUAAUUUGGUCAAGGACUAUGGAGGAAUGCUGUCUCCAUUUCUAUUGGUUGCUGGCAUCUUGAUAAUGGUGUUGCUUCCUACUUUAGCGUCCCAACGUGUCACUAUUCAUGAAAAUGCUAUUGGAGACGUCAACCCGGAAUUUUUCAUCAGUAAACGUAUUGCAUCAACAGCAUUAUCAGAAGCCCCAUGGAGUCAACGUCUUGUUCGUAGUGGCCGUUCACCUGGAACGGAUAGGGUUGUGGUGUACGUGAACACCGCCUAUAGCGUAUCCAUGAGGCUUUCUAAUAUACUUAUCGAACAUUUGGUCUUCCAAAAAGACCUCAGCUGCGAUGUACAGUUUUACUUUGUGAAUGAUUCAAUGAAAUGGCCGAUUCCCGAGGGCUACAUUAGAGCCGCGCUGGUUCUCAACAUUUCAUCCUCCCACCAUAAGGUUUGCAUUGACCUAUACUCCAAACAUGGCAUUCGCCCCAAUCAGGAUUUGCCCAGCAUUGCCAUCCUAUAUUCAGGUGCGGAAUCGUUGGAGGUGUCUUUGAUGUGUCAGAGUGGGAGGUCCUUGGAAUCCUCCCACCACAGCCCGCUGAUGUACUUUAUGAAAUCCCUCGAGGAGUCCAUGUUGGUGGAUAACCACCCUCAGCCCUGGCACCCCAUUUCGACCCGAGGCAUUAGUAUUAUCGCCCUUUCCUCCAACCCCCUGCAGGCCUCCAGCGACGCGGAUGACGUCGUGGAGGGCAUUUCGGCAGGGCUGCUGCACCAUUCCUCGAUGCUCCUUCGGAUGAUUCAAUCCCUGGGCCGGAUGGAGGAGCGCUUCAACCACGCUUCUUGGGGCUACCUCCCUGUCAGCCCCACCCACUUUGUCAGCUUCGAUCUCGCCCAGCUCGUGCUUUUUCUCUUUAUCGGUUCGAUGGUCUCCACGGGGUAUCGUCUUCAUCAGCUCCACAGGCCCUUUGGGGAGGGUAUUUCGACCCCCGCGAUGGCCCCGAUUGCGGGUCUGGUCUACAACGCCGCGGGGCUGCCCGGGGUGACCCUCAUCACCCUCUUCUUCGCCGAACGCGCGGGGUGGAAGUCGGGGAUGGGGGGUUGGAUAGCCAUGAAUAUCAUCGGCCUCGUCCUCAUACUGGGCCUCCAACCUUCCACGGGCUUCCUCGGCGGGGCUGCCGUCGCCCUGCAGUUGUUCUUUCUCCAUCCUCUCUGCUUUAAUCUGUUGGGUUUAGUGAUCGGGGUGGGGGUUUCAUGGGGUGUCUUUUUCUACUUUACAUGGUAUUUGGGGUUUCCCAUAUGGUGCACCAAUAGCAUCAGUUCAACUUUUGUCAGCGUGUUUCUAUACCCUAAUUGUGUAUGGGUAUUGAGUCGAUUACUGCGUUACCUGAGCUCAAAAGAUAUUAACAAUAUAGUAUACUAA